CUUGAUGCAUCGAAGUCAAGAGCCACUACACGAGUGGUGAAGACAACAACGACUAUGGAUAGCCUGAACCCCGGCCAGAAAGUUGCGCUCUUCACGGCUGCUGGUGCGUUUGGCGGAGCUGCCGUCGGCUCCGUGGAGUCCGUGUGGCGCAUUCCUCGAUUGGGCCAAGAACUCCCAAGCUUUGCCAAGCAAUUGCGUGGCAUCGGCGGUCGCUCGGUGGCCUUUGGGUCUGCAAGCUUUCUCUUUGCAGCAGGCGAACAUGUCGCGCACUCGAUUCGCAGCAACGAUGACGUGUGGAACCCUUUCAUUGGUGGCCUCGUGGCGGGUGUUGUGCCUGCUGUGGUGAAGCAGAACGCCUUGUGGGGCCUGGGUGCCGGCAUUGCCGUCGGCACGACCAUGGCCUUUGCGCAUUACUUUGAAAGUGGCGAUUCCAACAAGACCCCCCUUGAAAAGUGGGCGAGCCGCUACGAUUACCUCAAAAAGGAUUAAACAUUAAUCAUGGUGUCACGUUAAAUUCGCA